GGGACGGUAUAUUUCGAAAAGCUCAAAACUUUUUGUGUGUAUUUUUAUUCUUCUUCUGGUUCCCCCAUCUUCUUCCCAGUGCUCGGACUUCUAAUCUAUGGAAAGCAUGACUGAUUCCGAAGCUUCCCACUCUUCGGAUUCGCUCUCGCUUCCUUCAGAGCCUCCUGAUUUAAGGAAUUGGUUUUCUGGCUACCAAUAUGACUCUUUCGUUCUGGAUACUUACGAUGAUGCAUUCAGAAGCCGAGGUCAGGAAGAUCCCUCUAUUGUUGAUGUUGCAGAAAAAAUCAGGGCAAAUGAUGAUGGGAAUUUGAGUGAACACCUGGAAACUGGUGACUGCGGCGAUGGGAGUGAGGCUCCGGAAUCUUCAUACUCUCCAGCUUUCCUUAAUGAACCUAAUCACCCAGAAAACUGGGUUUCUAGCUAUGUGUCUGACUCUGGUGGGCUGGAUCAUGAUGGAGAACUUGAGACGCCUGCUAUUUGGGAAAGUCAAGGCAACGAAGGUGCCUUUAUCGAGGAAGGCAUCAACAGAGAACCGCAUUUUGAGAAUUCGGAGGAGAAAACUCUUGAAAAGCCACCUUCCUCGGAUGAGGUAAUCGCAAAUGAGUUUCUGUAUAGAGAAGGAAAUGAAGACAGGCCUUUGGGGUCAGAACCUUCAUGCUCGCCGCCAUUCCUUAAUGAACCUGAACACCCUGAAAACUGGAUUUCGAGCUAUGUAUCAGACUCUGGUGGGUUGGUUCCUGAUGAUGAACCUGAGAGUGCUGCUGUUUGGGAAACUCAAGGAAGUGAAGAUGGCUUUAUCAAGGAACGCAAUGAGACUCUUGAAAAGCUGCCUCUGUCAGAUGAGUACUUCGUAAAUGAUUGCAAGUUGGGCGAAGCAAAUGAAGACAUCCCUUUGACAAUGGAUCCUCUUUCCCAGUCACCAUCAGCACUCCUAUCUGAGCCACCUGACAUCAGGAACUGGUUCUCCAGUUAUGCAUACGAAUCUCCUGCGCCGGGUGAAGAAAGCAAUCGAUUCGCCGAAUCUGAGUUGCAACAUACUGACGACGUUAUCAUUAACGGGGAAGGAAACAGAGUAGAAGAAAUGAAAUCUCAAUGCAUAGACAUGGAUCAAGGGAACAUUGAUAGGGAAUUCAAACUUGAUGCCCGUUUGCAUUGUAACAGCUCCUCAAGAAAUAAUAACCACAGCCACCUCCUGCAUUCAGCUAUGAGCAUCCCCAAGGCGAUGAAGAGCUUGGAAACCUACAAGAUUCAUAACAGUAACAAGAAAUCUCCAACUAAGUUGACUCCUGGUUUAGAUGCACAUUCAUUUGAGGAGUCAAAAGCAGCAGAAUCAGAUGAAAGCAAUGCCAAGUUGAUCGCAGAAUCAAACGAUGGAAGCAACAUUACCGAUCAAGAAGCAAAAAAUGCAGCUUCUUCUGCAAGUGGGUUUGUGGCAACAAGGAAGAAGAACAGGAUCACAAGGCUGAACUACGACGAGAACUCCUGUCAAGGAUCGAGGAUUGUUGCACCGAAAGGCUUCAAGAGUGAGAGGAGGAAGAAUUUUUCAUCAUCAUAUGACAAUGCAGCGAAGGAUGAUUCAUCGGGAAACAGAAAGGCUCUAUCUGAAAGAAGUCCAAAUGUUGUGCAGCACAGUGAGAUCACCGGGAAGUGGAAAUGUCCUCAGAGGAGCAAGCCUGUCAUGGGGCCUCCAUUGAAGCAACUUCGACUGGAAAAAUGGGUGACUAGGCUGUAGACCUUUUUGAUUGCUCUUCUCAUAAUUGAUAUUUGGUUCCAUAUUUGUGGGUGAAAAAGAAAAAAUUUCAAAAACAUUGGGAAACGGGGAUUGAACCCGACGUGAAUCGAACACGCAACCUUCUGAUCUGGAGUCAGACGCGCUACCAUUGCGCCACGGAUCCCUUUGAUGCCUUGGUUGCCCUCAGCAACAUAACCUAAUUCUAACUAUUCAACGAAUAGAGUGGACCAGAUUUUGUGAAAUUGAGUACGGAUUGUACAUUGGUCAAUUGACGAAUUGCAAGAAUGUCAAGGCGCUGCUAGCUAGCAGCUUGAAGUUGUCAAGGCCCUUGAACUUGUCUAUUGCUGUGUCUUUGCGGCGUUGUCAAAAUUGAAUGUCAACCCGGAAAUACGUCACCACUACCAUGUAGAUUUGUGAUUCAACUUGUGGGAAUUCACCAUAUCACAGAAUGUAAACGGCACUCAGCUAAUGAAGAUAGAUCUUAUCA